GAGUUAUUUGAAAAAAAAAAGUCCAUAUCUGCAAUUGAAAAAUGGGUACUAACCACUUUUCCUUGACUGAUUUUAUCACUUCAAUUUUUAUUACUAAAAAUAAAAAAUAAGAGUUAGAAAACCUAAAGAAUAAUUGAGUUAGAAAUGACAAAGAUUAUAAUUCUUUUUUAGUUCUAAACUAGACGGACACUUUCUCUAGUCCUAAAACCCCUUCAUACUACCUGGUACUCGAUCGCAUUCGUUCAAUCAUCAACUCAUGAAAGCAUGGUUUCUCUCCUCUCUCUCCUCCUCCUCCUCUUCAUGCUCGUCGAAAUUAAAGCCGCGCCCACUUCUGACUCCUUCACCUACAACGGCUUCAUCGGCUCCGAACUCCACCUCGACGGCAUAGCCGAGGUGGCCGGGAACGGCCUCUUGGUGAUGACCAACACCACCAAGAACCAACAAGGCCACGCCUUUCACUCCUCCCCUCUCCAAUUCAAGAACGCCAACCGCACGGUUGAGUCUUUCACCACCACCUUCGCCUUCGCGAUCGCCUCCGAGUACGCGGACGUGAGCGCGCACGGCCUCGCCCUCGUUCUCUCCCCGACGCGGGGCCGCCCGGGCGCGCUCGCGGUCCAAUACCUCGGCCUCUUCAACCAGUCCGACAACGGGAGCCCCGCCAACCAUGUGGCGGCUGUCGAGCUCGACACCAUCUACAACGUCGAGUUCGACGACCUCGACAACAACCAUGUCGGGAUCGACAUCAACGGCCUCCGAUCGGCCGCAGCGGCCCCCGCUGCGUACUACGACGAGGGCGGGAAAUUGACCAACGUGAGCCUGUAUAGCGGCGAGCCCAUGCUGGUGUGGGUGGAGUAUAGCAAAGAGGAGACGAAGCUCGACGUGACAAUCGCACCCGUCGACGCGCCCAAGCCGACGAUCCCUCUUUUAUCCCUCCCAGUCGAUCUCUCUUCAGUGAUCGAAGAAACCAUGUUCGUGGGCUUCUCUUCUUCAUCCGGAUCGGUUCGAAGCUCGCAAUACGUGCUCGGAUGGAGCUUGCGAAUCGGCGGCGAGGCCCCACCUCUCGAUCUCUCGAAGCUCCCCUCGCUCCCCGCGAGAAAAAGAAGCGAAAAGAGCGCUUUUUUGCUUAUUGGGCUGCCAUUGGCGGGCUCGGCGAUGCUGAUCACAGCGAUUUUGUGCACAAUUUUGGGGGUGCAGAGGAGGAUUAGGUACGCGGAGGUUGUGGAGGAUUGGGAAGGGGAGUACAGAACCCACAGGUUCUCCUACGAGGAGCUGUUCAGAGCCACGAAGGGGUUCAGAGAAACGGAGCUUCUGGGGAUCGGAGGGUUCGGGAGAGUGUACAAAGGGAAGCUCCCGAGCACGGGCGCGGAUGUGGCGAUUAAGAGGGUUUCGCACGGCUCGCGCGAGGGGACGACGAUGAGGGGAUUCGUCGCGGAGAUGGCGAGCAUCGGGAGGCUCCGCCACCGACAUCUGGUGCGGCUCUUCGGGUACUGCAGGCGCAAGGGCGAGCUCUUUCUCGUCUACGAGCUCGUCCCCAACGGGAGCCUCGACAAGCUCCUGUUCUGCGACGCCCCGCCGCCGCCGCCGCUGGACUGGGCGCGGAGGGUCCGGAUCGUGCGGGGGGUGGCCUCGGCGCUCUUCUACCUGCACGAAGGGUGGGAGAAGGUGGUGGUGCACAGAGACGUCAAAGCGGGGAACGUGUUGCUGGACGAGGAGAUGAACGCGAAACUGGGGGAUUUCGGGCUGUCGCGGUUGUACGAUCGCGGAGGAGGGGAUGGGGACGAGGGGGGCGCAGGCGCACGCGCGACGCACGCGGUGGGGACGAUGGGGUACAUGGCGCCGGAGCUCGCGAGGACGGGAAUGGCGAGCCCCGCGAGCGACGUGUACGCGUUCGGGGUGCUCCUCCUCGAGGUCGCGUGCGGGAGGAGGCCGAUCCCGCCGAAGGAGUCGGCGGGGGCGGGGGAGCCGGCGCCGAAUCUAGUGGAUUGGGUGCUGGGGUGUUGGAGCCGCGGGGCGAUUCGCGACGUGGUGGAUCGGAGGUUGGGGAUCGCCGUGGAUGGGGAGGAGGCGGAGGAGGCGGAGAAGGUAUUGAGAUUAGGGUUGAUGUGCGCGCACCCCGAUGCGACGGCGCGGCCGAGGAUUGGGAGGGUGAUGCAGUACCUGGGUAGGGAGCUCCGGCUCCCGCCCCCGCCCCCGCCCCCGCCCCCGCCCACGGAGAUCGCCGAGGCGGAGGGCUGCGGCGGCGCCGCCGGUGGAGAAAAAAUCGGGUGUGAGGAGAAGGGGGUGAAGUGCGAGAGCCCUGACGAGAGUUCAGGGGGAUCGUCGGCGGAGACGAAGACGACGACGACGACGACGGAGUCCCUCCUCCAUGGAAGGUGAUUGGUUGGUAGACUGAAGGGUGGGCAACAGUUGAAGGUGAAAAUGUACGUACACCUCCCUACUUGGUCUUUUUUUUUUUUUUUUUUUUUUUUUGUCAAAAG